CCUCCAUAUAAAGGAGUCCUGCAAAGAGGCGCAAUGAAAGGAAACUUCAUCUCAACAUGGUAUCUGCUGUCACGACUAUGGGCUGCAUGAAGGCAGCCGGCGUGUCUCUUCUUCUCUUGUAUUUUCUACUGAACGCAGCUGAUUCUCAUCCCAACUUUGAUUCCUCAAGCAUGGCCUGUGGGGAAUGCAGCCUGGGACUGAACAGGCUUUUUUCUCGGGAUCGUCCGCUCUACCAGUGCAUGGGUUGCUGCUUCUCCCGAGCGUACCCCACGCCUCAAACAGCCAUACAGACGAUGGCGAUCCCGAAGAACAUCACUUCAGAGGCAAAGUGCUGCGUUGCGAAGCACAGCUACGAGACAAAAGUAGAUGACAUAACAGUGAGAAACCACACAGAGUGUCACUGCAGCACCUGCUACUAUCACAAAUUGAUAUGAAAGGUGGCGACUUGCAGCCGUCCUCCCACGCCCAGCUCUGCUGAAAUGCACAAGCUGCUCUCUGUUUGGCCAUCGCCAAAUGUUUUUGGUAGCGUUUCUUUUUCUGUGAUGUGUAAUUAG